GUGUACUGGCCCCCUGUUUAAAAAGUUUGGGAACCCCUGCAGUAGAGUCUCACUUAUCCAACAUAAAUGGGCCAGCAGAACACUGAAUAAGCAAAAAUGUUGGAUAAUAAGGAGGGAUGAAGGAAAAGCCUAUUAAAUGUCCAAUGACAUUAUGAUUUUAUAAAUUAAGCACCAAAACAUCAUGUUUUACAACAAAUCAACAGAAAAAGCAGUUCAAUACACAGUAAUGUUAUGUAGUAAUUACUGUAUUUACGAAUUUAGCACCAAAACAUCACAUUGUAUUGAAAACAUUGACUAUAAAAAUAUUAGCUGCUAACAAACUGACUACAAAUAAAUAUAGAAUUGCAUAAAACGAAUGUGCAGUAACAACAUUGUUGGAAGUUAAAUCUGUAAAAAGUCCAGUCUUUGCUGCCUAGAGAAACAGCUGUGGAUCCGGGCGGGAGGCAGACUGCGUUGGAUACUCCAGAACGUUGGAUAAGCAAUGGUUGGAUAAGUGAGACUCUACUGUACAUUGCUCCUGUCAGUUUAAGGGGGGAAAGGCCAGCACAUUUCUUGGUGUCCACUUUCAACUGUCUACAUUUUUCCUUUGCAUUAUAGGAAUAUAAUUGUGCACCUCACAUUUCAAGUAUAUAAAUAGUUAAACAGUACUUGACAUUUAAAUGUGAUUUUGGUACACUUGUAUAGUAAUGAUAAUCCUAUUAAAGAUCUUAUGUCAUGGGGGAGGGGUACGUUAGAUGUGCAAGGCUUGCAUUGAUUGGCUGGAGGCAAAGCAGAAGGGAGGAGGCUUUUCAAAGCGGGGAGGAGGCCUUGCUUGAUAUAGUUAGAACAGGGAUUUCGGUGGGAAAUGCCCAGAGGUUGCAGUUCUUGAUGAUCUCAUAUUGACGGCAGCAGCACAGUGCUGAGUGAGCAAGGGUGACCCAGGAGCAGAGUGCUGAAUGGGAAGAAAGGAAUGGUGGAAAGAGAAGCAGCAGCAGCAGCAACAGCAGCAGCAGCAGUGUGUGGAAAAACAACAGCCAGAGCAAAGGAGAGAGAGGAGCCAAGAGAGAGGAAAGGGCUUGCAUAGAAUGCCUACCAGGUGUACUGAAAAAUCUGGCCGUCUGUGGCAAUGAAUACAAGGACUGUUUCGCUGCCUAUAGAUCAGCGCUUGUCCUCGAACUGAAUUUGUGUAGGACGCAGGUGGGGGGAGGGUAACUGAGAGCUUGACAGCUCUCUUGAAUACAAUGCUAAGUUAUGCAUAAUGAUUUGGCAAGACAGCCUGGGAAAUGCUCCCGCUGCAUGAAAUGCUUUCAUGUAAAUCCUAGUUAUUGAUGCAUGUAAGACAAGCGGCUUGGAUAUAAAGGUGAAGGGGGGAAGGAAAGGAAGCAAUGCAGGGGAUGUCGUAAUAAAGGUCUGCAUUGGGUCGCCUCCUCGAAAAAAGGAGGGGGUGAAGCCACGAGAAAUCAGCCUCAUGUGGAUGGUGGCGUUGACAUGCGGUUGGGUUGAAUUCUGAGAGAUGCUAGACAUUAAAUCUGACAACUCUGCGCAGAGAGACCAUGGAGAAGUCAAGUAGUGAGGAUUCCUCAAUUCACCGGAGUCCAUCUUUGGAUAGCAAGGACUCAGACUUUGCUAAACCUUCUACCUCAGGCAGGCAGUUUGGCCGAGGCUUCACUGCUGGAGCUUUCUACGGUACCGCUGGAUCACGCACAAAGAACCAGAAUACGGCCCCCACUGGGACUGGUGGACAAAGUGACAAAUGCAAUGCACCCAAAGGCAGCAAAUACGUAGUCUUUUACCUGGAUUUAUCAUUUGUUUUCCUUUUAGAAUUUAAGAAGUGCAGCAUGGCGAGAGGCUGCUUGUGUUGUUUGAAAUACAUGAUGUUCCUUUUCAAUCUAAUAUUCUGGUUAUGUGGCUGUGGGCUCCUGGGCGUUGGAAUAUGGUUGUCAGUGUCACAAGGAAACUUUGCCACAUUUUCCCCCAGCUUCCCAUCUCUGUCCGCUGCCAACCUAGUCAUUGCCAUUGGGACCGUCAUCAUGGUGACCGGCUUCCUGGGGUGCUUGGGUGCUAUCAAGGAAAAUAAGUGCCUUCUCCUUAGUUUUUUCAUUGUUUUGCUGAUCAUUCUCCUGGCUGAGCUGAUAUUACUAAUUUUGUUCUUUGUUUAUAUGGACAAGGUUAAUGAAAAUGCAAAGCAAGAUUUAAAGGAAGGUCUCAAGCUUUACAACACAGAGAAUAAUGUCGGGCUGAAGAAUGCUUGGAAUAUCAUUCAAGCAGAGAUGCACUGCUGUGGGGUUACGGAUUACAGAGAUUGGUACCCAGUGUUGGGUGAAAACAUUGUUCCUGACAGAUGCUGCAUGGAAAAUUCACAAGACUGUGGUCGGAAUUCCACCAACACAAGUUUAGUGUGGAAAACGGGUUGCUAUGAAAAAGUGAAGAUGUGGUUUGAUGAUAAUAAGCAUAUUCUUGGGACAGCUGGGAUGUGUAUCCUCAUAAUGCAGAUACUGGGCAUGGCUUUUUCCAUGACUCUCUUCCAACAAAUUCACAGGACUGGUAAAAAAUAUGAUGCCUAAACCAAUGCAUUUUAAACACAUCAGCACUUCUGUCUUGCCAUUGGCGGAAAACCACCCUGAAAAAAAGAGGAUCAAGCAUUGUCCUACUUGGGCCUCCAUCCAUCAAUCACUGGACUUAUUUUUUGUUUCUUCUCAUUCACCAUUUUGCCAAAGAGGAGAAGAAAGCUACUGAAAAGAAAUCACACCGAUCCAGAGAUCUACCGUUUAAACAAAUCCUAGUAUUAUUUAAGGAAUGGUUUUAAGUAGCCUGUGAUUCUAUACAGACUUAUCUGGGAGUAAGCCCCAUUCAACUAAGUGAGACUUAUUUUUCAAGUUGAUGUGCAUAGGAUUGCAUUGAUACUAUAUUAAUCAGUGUUAGACUUACGAGGGUAACCCGACUCAGAUAUGUUAACUUCUAGAAAGAGCUCUUUGACGUUUCUCUCACAGAUCUACAAAUUGCUUUUGCUCAACACGAUGCAUGGAGACUUGAAAACGCUACUCAGAUGGAACUGCUUGGAUUGUGUUUUGGGGGUGGAGAGAGGUUAACUUUUUCUAUCUUAAUGUGUAUUUAGUAGCCUGAUUUAUAACUUUUUACUGUGUUCUUCCCUCCUUUUCCUCAUGCUUUUCUCCCAGUUCUACUCUGCAGUUUUUAAAGAAUGCCAUUUUUAGAGUUUGUUAUUUAGAACUAGAAAGAAAGAUGUAGCAGUUUCUAUUACCAGCUCAGCCCUGAUGUAAUAAAAAUAGACGCUGGGAGGGGCACCUGGAACUUUUUAGAUAUACAAUUACGACUGUAAGUGUACACCUUGAAAAUGCAAUAUAUAUAAAUGAAGCAAACAUACCUAUGCCAGAAUUGGCCACCGCCUGCCGGGGAGUAGUUUGUGACCAACAUUAUGUAGGAAGGUCCUGAGUCUCUUGAAAGAUCCUGAAAGCCUUCAGACGUAUGUGCUACUUCUUAAUUCUUGGUGUUUUACAACACUAUUAGAACUGCAUACAUUUGAUGCAGUGUGCAUUAGUAACAGGGAUUAUCCCUCUGUUCCUUCCAAAAUCUGGGACUGAGUGAAAGGUAUCUUAUCAGUCCAUAUAAUAACAAGCACGUCUAUGAUGCUUAAAAUAGUGACCAAGCUUUGUUCUUCUGAGAUACUUGUCACAUAAAUAAUACAUGAAUAAUUCCUGUGAGCUCAAUUUACCCACCCAUUCCCUCACAGUUUGCCCACUGUGUCUCCUAUUCAUCCACUGCUGUCAGUGAGGAUAGCUUAAGCUCCAUUUAAUAUAUUUUCAUUGUCCAGUUUCCGCAAAUUGCAGUGUUAUAACAGAAUGUUUUGCUCUCAGCAGAAAUUCGCUGUUGCACUUUUGCUACAGUCAUUGCUUUGAAGAUUUAUCCCUCCAACCAGUAGAUUUUCCCAGAGCUUCAUGCCGAAAAUAGUUUCAUCUAAAAGUGGGUGAUUAUAGCUUUUGCCAAGAUCCUAUUCACUGCUGGUUGAGUGUAAAGCUCCACUGGUACAUUUCCAUCUCUAGUUCAAUGCCUUUUUGGAGCACUGAGAAGUAACUUUGCGGCCAGUAAGUAGCAGAGGGUCUCUUAGCCUCCCAGGAAAAUACUGUGAGAUCAUCCCUGAAUCAGUAUUUUAUGUCCUAUGUGUGUCCUUGAGUCUUCCAAAACUUGGAGUCCAGGCUAGUAGACAAGAGCCAAAGGGCAUAGGAGCACUCACAUUGAAGAACUAUAGUGCUAUUAACUGCCUUAUUUCCAUCCAAAACCUUGGUUUUUGAGUCUGGGUUAUUUAUUUAUUGUGUCAGAAGCGAACCGAGGGUACAGUUUUAAUGUAUUUAAAAACACAAACAAAGUUUUAAAACUUGGCAUUAUACUAAAUGUCCUUUGACCAGUAUCUGACCACUUGGAGUGCCUCUGGUGUUGCUAUAAGAAGGUCCUCCAUUGUGUAUGUGACAGCUGCAUUGUAAUAGGUGGCCUGUGGUUUGCUCUUCUCCACACUCACAUGUUGUGGACUCCACUUUGUGACCCCAUUUCUUAGGGUUGGCUCUGCGUCUCAUAGUGCACUAGGAAUCUAAAUGCACCUCCCUAAAUUGCCAAAUCCAGUAUUCCUUAGGAUGUAACCUUGGCAAUUAAAGUGAAACAACAACACUAUAAUUUUGUAAUGUGAAUUUACCUUUCUGUUUGUGCAGGUAAAUUGUGGAGCUUGCACUGCCUGCAGGCUCUUCUCCUUACCUACCAAACUAUAGGUGUGCUGACAGGUAAGCCAUAGAAUCCAAUAUUGGCAGCUUUGUACAUCUUCAAAAAGGCUUAGUAAAAUCCACUUGAGCAAGCCUAAGUUUACACCCUAGACAAACUCACACACUUCAAAUGCAAAGAAAAAAAUCUCUGUCAGCAGAGAUUCUUUAUUUAAGUAGGGAAUCCAUUAUUCAUAUUAUAUAAGCCACUGUUCCUUGGUGGAUUCCAUUCUUGAGAUGAUUCUCAAUAUUAUCUGUUCAAUUGCUUGCAUGUCUUUUUGUUUAGAAAAAAAUGAUUAUUGUAAAAUCAGUAUAUAACUUUUUUUUUUAAAGCAAACAUUUCAUAUUAAGAAUCUGUGCUCGCUAAUGCCUAUUUUUAAAAAUUGGUUAGUCAUAUUCAGUCACAUCCCUUGGAAUGCAGAAAUGUAGCAUCUACAUGAUGCAAAAGUGAGUACUUAAAAGCAAUCUUGGUUAGAAAAUGCCAUAGCUGAAGCAUCCCAGCCCAUCAUUGACACUUUUGUAGCCUCUGGCAGAGAAAGUCCUCAGGGGAAGGCCUCUUAUGAUGAUCCCAAGCUGUGAGUCAGCUCAUGAUGGGAGAAACAUCUCAGCAAAUAUUGAGGUCAUGAGCCAUGUAAAGCUUUAAACUCACACCAUGGACAUGGGCCUAGAAGCUGACAUCAGAUAAUGCUACCAGCCAAGUAAGGCGAGAGGUCAUAUGAUCAGACUGGUAAUCAAUCUGGCCAUUGCAUUCAGUGCUAGCUACAUUGCUGAGCCAGAUCCACAUAUAGUACAUGGCAGUUAUUUAUGCUAGGGGUUGCCAAUGUAGGCAACUAGCCUAUCUCUGUUCAAAAUUAAUGUUUCAGGACCAACAGACAAUGCUGGUAUGACACUCCUCAGGUUGGAAUGCACCUCUGCGUAAACUGGCAGUAAUGGAUCCAGUAUUGGCCCUAAGCUAUGUACCACUCAUUCAGGGAGAAUGUAACCCUAUUUAGAACUGCUUGAACACCACUUAUCCCAUCAGGAGGAGCCUCAAGUUUUGGACAUUGAUUGUUGUGACCAAACAUAAGUUCAGUACAUCCCAUGCUUCACCUGCUGAAGACGAGAAUGAGCAAGAGAGCCGCGUGGCACCAAGAUCAUAGAAGCAUAGAGUUAGACAAAGCUGCAGGGGCCAUCCAGUCCAACCUCUGUCAUGCAGGAACACACAAAGCACUCCCAACAGACACCACCACACUCUGAGAUAGUAUAAUCCACUACUGAACAGCGCUCAUAAUCAGGAAUGCCUUCCUAAUGUUUAGGUGGAAUCUCUUCCUUUCUUCCAUUGCGAUUUCCUGCUUCUUGGUAGGGGGUUGGACUGGAUGGCACAUGAGGUCUCUUCCAACUCUACUAUUCUAUGAUUCUAUGCUCCAUGUCCUAGUCUCUAAAACAAUGGUUCUCAACCUGUGGGUCCCCAGAUGUUUUGGCCUUCAACUCCCAGAAAUCCUAACAGCUGGUAAAACUGGCUGGGAUUUCUGGGAGUUGUUGGCCAAAACACCUGGGGACCCACAGGUUGAGAAGCACUGCUCUAGAACAACAUAAAACAAGCUUGCCUCCUCCUCUACACGACAUCCUUGCAAGUAUUUAAACAUGGCUAUCAUGUCCUCUCUCAAACUUCUUUCCUCCAAGCUAAACAUAACCAGCUCCCUAAGCUACUUCUCAUAGGGGUUCCAAACCUUUGAUCAUUUUGGUUGUCCUUCUCUGGACACAUUCCAGCUUGUCAACAUCCUUCUUGAAUUUUGGUGCCCAGAAAUGGGCACAGUAUUCCAGAUGAGGUCUGACCAAAGCAGGAUAAGAGUGGUACUCUUACCUCAGUCUAGACACUAUACUCUUAUUGAUGCAGCCUAGAAUUGCAUUGGCUUUGUUAGCUGCCUUAUCAUAGAAGAUGGAAGCUGUCUCCACUCAAUGUUUCAUGGGGCAGUCCUAAUGGACACUUUAUUCCAGGGCCAAGUCAGAGUGUUGAAUUCUGAAUGGAUUGAUCCUGGGAUGAUUUCUACCAGCAGCUCCCCAGCCACUGCAUAGGGGAUAGGAGUCCUUACCACCAGCCCGUGGGCCACUGUGAAGGGAGGAUGGAGUCCUGUUUGGUGGUGUCAAAUCCAAUUCAGUGCCACCAAAUAGCCACUCUCGUAGUCCUCCUUUUGUUCCCGUCAUAGCAGCAACCCCUAGGUGCAACAUGGCUGGCCAUCUCAUGUUGCCCGAACGUUGACCAGGAUGCCUUAGCAAUGCAAGAAUCAUAGAAUCAUAGAAUAGUAGAGUUGGAAGAGACCUCAUGGGCCAUCCAGUCCAACCCACCACUAAGAAGCAGGAAAUCGCAUUCAAAGCACCCCCGACAGAUGGCCAUCCAGCCUCUGCUUAAAAGCCUCCAAAGAAGGAAGAGAGAAGAGGGGGAGGGGGAGGACCCCAGUGUUUUCUCCAAUUACUUUUGUCCCCUGGACAAGGUCACUCCAGGCAAUGAGUGACGUCUAGAAAUCAUGUUGCACCCACUUGUUGCCGCUACGACAAAAACAGGAGGGGGAUUGUUAUUGCCAUCCAAGUCUGGGAAAUACGAUAUGGCUGUGUAAACAGUUGCACCUGGUUCUGUCUCAGAAUCAGCCCAAAUGUUUACAUGGGCCCAUAUAUGACACUUAAACCUAUGGCCUGAAUCAGUGCAGUACUGAAAAGAACCUAGACCCACUUCACUUCACUUCUUCACUUCACUUUAUUUCUUAAUUAGUUGCUCUCCACCAGAGUGCUCCGAGCGACUUACAAUUUAAAAUAUCAUUCCACAAUAUAAAAACAUUCAACCUAAAAAACAUUCAACAGUGACUAUUUGGCAAAUUAGAUCUGAUUUACUUAAAUGCACAACCAAACAGCCAAGUCUUGAGCGCUUUUACAAAAGGUCGCAACUCCGACAUUGCUCUACUUGUACGCUUCUCAUUUACUGCACACCUUACAGGGAAUGGCCAAAAUUCUAGAACUGUAAAUGGUUUCAAGGGAAUAUUGUAAAUCCCUCGUGAAGUAUUUACAUAGCCGAGAAGUAAUAUUGGACCAUCCCUUGAGCAUCAUUCAAUUGCUCUGCUCCUAUAUAAUUCCCCAAGGAUGCUUGCUAUAACAGCAGGCACUUUUCUCCUAAUUUCUUGAGCUAUUCUUGACUCAUUUUAGUCCACUUUCUAAAACUUCAGCACAGACCUAAACUUAAGCUCUUUGCAAAUGUCCUAGUUCAGAGACAGACUACCUCAUCAUAAUGGUUCAAUCGAGUAAGAAAGAAGCAAUGGAGUGACUUCUUGCAGCAAGAGCCUUUGGUUUCUCAACUGUCCAGGCUUGCAGCUCCCCUGUCUUUUGUGUUUCCCCGUCUGUCUUCCCUUGUCUGGGUUCUCAGCAUGUAUAGAUGGACUGUGUAUAUCUGUAGCUGUAUUCAUGUCUUCAUAAAAUAUUAUUUAGUAAAAUAGAAUAACCUAAGAAUUGCAGAUAUUUACCUUAACCUACACAUAAGAGCUAAUCUUUCUUUACAGCAGUGGUUCUCAACUUGUGGGUCCCCAGAUGUUUUGGCCUUCAACUCCCAGAAAUCCUGAUAGCUGGUAAACUGGCUGGGAUUUUGGGGAGUUGUAAGGCAAAACAUCUGGGGACCCAUAGGUUGAGAACCACUGUUCUUACGUAUAGCUGUAAUGAUGUGUGUGCCCCCUCAGUUGAGCUCCUUGAGUUUUCACACAAGGGUUGGAUAAAAUUUUCUCCUCAUUUACUUUUGAAUUCUUUCAACAAUACAAUAAGGGACCAUACAUGAGAGAAGCUCUCUGUGAUAUGCUCUGGAUUACAGUGCAUGAAUAGACAGGGUUUCUGUCAAGAAGCAACAUUUGCUGCUAUGUGUAGGAGGUUGCUAGUUGAGUUUUGUUUUUCAUUCUGGAAGACAGGGGAAAAGAGGCAACGAAUGCUUUCCAUUUAUUUGUUUUUUCCUUCUUAAAUCUUACGUCACAUUGCUACCUCCUCUCAUUUUUGACAGAUUUAAUUUUCAUUUGGUAAAAUUAAAUCAGAGAAUCCCAUUCCUUGCAAAAGCACCGAAGACACCUUUUAAAAAUAAUUUAGAAAGAAAGAGAAAAUUAAAGUUGGGAACGGUCAUCAUGUGUAUCUAAAAGUUGGUCUCUUAUUAACCUCGUCACACUGGCCGCUGGAAUUACUAUGUGUCAUGGUGAAUCCGACAACAAUUGUCGGAGGGCCUGGGGUAUCCAUCACCCUACAGCUUGCAUUGCCCGGCUUGGCAGGAAGCUGAACCCAUGGGCGGAAGUGUCAAACAUGUGGCUUCCUCCCAUUGCUUCCUACACAACAUAGUAAGCUUCCCGUGUUGCCAUUGUAACGGCAUAUGCCGGCUCCGCACUAGUUCACCCAUGGAGGACCAAUGGUUCCUCUGUGUCAUGAGAUGGGAGCCGGCAGGCUCCGUGCAAAAACUAGGGCUCAACUGGUAUAUGCUUCUGAAAAAAGCCCCGUCUGAUGAGGUAGUAAAGUAGCUCACAAUAUGUUCCCAUGUUACUUGAUUCAGCUUUAUUUCUAUAUAUUUGUUAUUACAAGCUAAAACAGGGCUAGGUGGCAUGUUUUCAGUGAUGGCCUACAAGAGACUUGAAAGUAGCACUUGUCUAUAGCAUGCUUCAAUAUUUUUUGCUUUAACAGUCAUGUGGUUGCAGACAGAAUGUGAACAGAGUAAUGAGCUAUAUAAAACACAAUAAUGGGUCAAAACAUAAGUAGUACACAAUAGGUAUAUUAGAGCAUCAUCAAUUAUCCCAGUUUCGGUAACCCUUCUUCUGGUAAGCGGCAAAUGUUUUAUUAUACCCCAAGGUAUGCAAUAUUCUAAGUCACAAACAAGGAAUUACUUUUUUUCAAAUAUAGUAGUAAACACAUCUACUCACAUGUUUGCAGUAUCAAUAUGCUGCUGUGGAUUUUGUGGUCCCCAUGUGAUUUAAAUACCUGAUUACAGGAAGCAGGUAAGGUCCAAUUUGUCAUUUAGACUAUGAGGGGUAAUGGUCCUCAGUUUGUGAAUCCAGAAGGCUUCCCUUCUGAGGAGACUAGUUUUGAUGUCUGUGUAGCUAGUAGUAUAAACCUUCUCUAGAGCAAGAAAUUUAAAACUGUUAUAUGGGUGAGAUUGUAACUUAGAAUACUGCAUACCUUGGGGUGCUUUGACAUGUUUAUUUUCACAAGGUCUAUAUUAUUUAUGAAUUAUAUCUUACUAGCUUUGCCCGGCUACGCGUUGCUGUGGCUUAUGGGAAUCCUUUGUUGGCCAGGUGGAAUAGCAGUGAAUAGCCUUGCAGUCUCAAAGCCUGGCUGUUUUCUGGAGUAGCUGGAGCUUUUUGUUGUAUGAACGUAGAGGCAUGGAUGCGGGGUUGUGCUGCCAAGUUUAGUGUUUCUGGGAUGUGUAGUUUUGUUGUUUUGUCCUGGGCCGAAAUUUCAUUACCCCUUUAUAUAUAUAGAUAAAGAGCACAACAUUAGACAAAUUUUCUUUUAUUUUUAUUUACAUUAAGAAUACCUGAUGCAGAGCCAUCAAUAAAGAAAUAAUAAAACAUUUGCCACUUACCAGAAACUGGGAUAAAACCCGGGAACCAGUUGUAAACGGCGUGAACAGAUAUAUUACCACCUACUCCAAUCAAUAACCAGCUACUCGGGAUCUACAUCAGCAUUGACUCUGUCUCCUUGGCUUUACUAUUGUUCCAAAACCUGUGGAGUCCUGAAGAAUCCUUCCAGAACUGCAGAGACUCUGAACCGGUUUGCCUUUAAGCCAAUCUAAUCCUUUUAGGACUGCAGAGACUUAUAUCAUUUUGUUUGAUUUAUAAUACUGAGUUAGAUACUUUUGGGUUAUAUACCAUAGGACUGAGCAUUGAUUCUGUGAAUGUAAUAUGUAUAUGAUGCUCUAAUAUACAUAUUGUGUACUAUUUAUGUUUUGAACCAUUAUUGUGUUUUAUAUAGCUCAUUACAUUGUUUAGAAUAGACAUCUGUGUUUAUCCAAUAGAAUGUGAACAGAGCCAGAGCUGGGGAUGGUAUGCUUAUGGGCUGCGAUAACCACUAACAGAAUAGUUUGCUGAUACAGAUACAGUAGAGUCUCACUUAUCCAACGUAAACGGGCUGGCAGAACGUUGGAUAAGCGAAUAUGUUGGAUAAUAAGGAGAGACUAAGGAAAAGCCUAUUAAACAUCAAAUUAGGUUAUGAUUUUACAAAUUAAGCACCAAAACAUCAUGUUAUGCAACAAAUUUGACAGAAAAAGUAGUUCAAUACGAAGUAAUGCUAUGUAGUAAUUACUGUAUUUAUGAAUUUAGCACCAAAAUAUCAUGAUUUAUUGAAAACAUUGACUACAAAAAGGCGUUGGAUGAUCCAGAACUUUGGAUAAGUGAGACUCUACUGUAUUGUGAACACAUUGGACUCCUCUAUCCCCCUCCUCCUUCAGAGCCAACCAAGGCAUCCGUGAAGAAGCACAAUAUGAUCUUAGUGACACACAUUUCAUUAUUGUUUCUUUUCAGAACUCUUCAGAACAUCAAAAGAUCAGUGAACCUUUUGGGUAUAUUUAUUUUCAAGGAGAGGAGGAACUUAUAAUGAGGUUGCUGCUGUGCAGAAAUCCGAUAUUCUUUGUCAUUCAUAUCCAAUUUCAACUUUAUAUGGUUGAAGUCCGUGUUAUUUAUCUCCCAGCUUUAUUCCCAGUAGUGCCAAUUUGUGGAUCAUGUACUCCAAAUCACCUGUCAAAGGGGUCAUUCACAUAAAUGUUUUCUGUGAGCCAGCUUUUCAUCAGAGGAAAACAAGAAGUAAUAUAUGUCAACAGUCUCUCACAUAUAUCACUUAUGCAUGGUGUAUAUGGAUGAUACGCCAUGCAUAAGUGAUAAGUUUUGAUAGGUUGGAUCAUAACUUUUUUUGUGAUUAUUGGUGUUUGCCAUUUUGUUCUGUUUUUUAAGAGAAAGAAAUGUAUUUCCACAUGUUAAUGUGAAGAUAGAAAAAGUCUGAUAUGCCGAUAACCAACAGCAGCUCCACCCUUUGUAUGGCAAACUUCAGUAGACUUCUGUUUUCUGUGAAUAGACUGGCAAUGUGAGUCAGGGAAUCCUAGUCCCUUUAUCCAGUAUAAGCAGAAUUGUCCAGUAAAGUGUAGUGCUGCUCUGUACUUUGGUCCUUAUGGUAUCCUUUAACUAACAAUGCCAUGGUUUUUACAUUGCACUGGUAUGUCAAGUGGCACAUCUCACUUGGUUAAUGUAAUGAAUCCAAGCUCUAGUUCUAGGGUGUGCCAUGUCAGCCUUCCAACAAGGGCCUAUGUGGCAAGAAUAUAUUUUUCCAUAUGAGAAAAUCUCAGAAUACAUCUAUUCUAAAAAAAAUAAGUGUAAGAGGUAUUACAGGUAUAUCAGAGCUAUUUUCCCUGAUGUGGUUAUUGCUGUAUAGAAGAAAUUCUUUAUGGAAGGUGGUUUGGCUAUGCAUUUCAAAUGAUUCAGCCCAGAAAAAUACUUUAUCAUCUCACUAAGAGUUGGUCUUUGAAUCGUAUAUAGCAGACUGCCUCAAAUCCUUAUUUUUGUAGACAAAGCACAAACUACAUUUUAAGAAUCUAGAGCACAUAGAUAUUUCUUUAACAUUUCUGCAUUUUGAGCACAUUAUUGAAUGGUUAUCAUCAAAUCCAAGAUGGAAAAUAGGAAAUGGCCAUUGUUACCUUAGAUGUGAUAAUUAGUUACACAGAUGGCUAAUUCUCUUACACCAAAAGAGACUUGCAGUUUCUCAGGUCGUUCCUGACACAAAAGAAAAAUUAGUUACAUUUGUCCAUAUGUGUAAUUUACUUCAUAGGGGAGGAACAAGGUGGGGAAGGUUCACGUAUGGAAGUUGUCUAUGUAUAUCCCAUUGACAGUAAUGUCCUUCUUGCAUUGUUGUCUUCCUCACCAAUAUGGAGAGCAAAGAACGGAAGGGAAAUAGCUGUACCUUAGGGUUGUUGUAUGUCUUUCGGGCUGUGUGGCCAUGUUCCAGAAGUAUUCUUUCCUGACGUUUCGCCCACAUCUAUGGCAGGCAUCCUCAGAGGUUGUGAGGUAUAGAUACCUGCCAUAGAUGUGGGCGAAACGUCAGGAGAGAAUACUUCUGGAACAAGGCCACACAGCCCGAAAGACAUACAACAACCCUGUGAUCCCGGCCAUGAAAGCCUUCGACAACACAGCUCUACCUUAUAUAAGAAGGUAUUGGACUGCACUCCUAUACUAACAAAUUGGUACAUAAAACAAGAAGCAAUACUGUUCUUAAGCUGAACAAAGCCAGCUAUGUUAAGGUGGGGAAAUAAUUAUACUCUCUGGUAUAUAACAUAUCAUACUAAUUAUUCUAUAGCUGUUUGGUAAAAGGUAUAUGGACUCAGUUUAUUUUCAGAUUGUACAUUUCUGUUUUGCAUUUGACGGGUGGUGUUUGGCUGAGUGGCUGUGCAUUCCCCCAUUAAAAAAACACCCAAUAUUGUUUUGAUUAUUAAAUUACACAAUUUUUAGCAUGUUUUUAAAUAAAAUCAGAUAUUAAGUAAAAUA